AUGGCGCCGUGUAUCGAGCCGUGGCGUGACUGUAACCACGAGUUUCUCUGUUUUGUUCCCUCAGCAAAGAGCAUGGAGGAACUGAAGAGGCUUUUGUUGCUGAUUCUGGGCUGUGCUGUGCAGUGUGAGCGUAAGGAGGAGAUGAUCGAGAAGAUCAAGCUGCUGGACAUCCAGACUCAGGCUGCCAUCGUGUCUCACAUCCAGGAGGUGACCCAUAACCAGCUGAAUGUUCUGGACCUGUCCUGGCUGGAGGAAGGAGCAGAGAUCAUCCACGAGGAGCUCGAGCCUCUGUCCCGCAACAUGGCGAUGUCCCUGCGGCAGCUCAUCGACCAGCGAGACAAAGCCAGCGAGGUGAUUGUGGACCUGACCCAGGAGAGGGACUACCUGUCUAGUCAGCAGCCCCAGGACGGGUGCAGGGUCCUGGGCACGAUCGGCCCAGAGCACGGGCGGAGCUCCGUGGGGGCGGGAGUGAAUAAUGGCGGCUCGGCCGGGGCGGCGCUUUCCAAGGAAGAGAAGCAACAUCUGUCCGUGGAGCUCGCCGACACCAAAGCCAAGCUCCGCAGAUACAGACAGGAGCUGGAGGAGAAGACGGAGCAGCUGAUGGAUUCGAGGCAUGAAGCUGAGCGUUUGGAUCAGGAGCUGCAGAGACUAAAACAGGAGAACCAGUCUCUGUCCGUCGAGGCGCGCUCCGCCCGGGUGUACCGGGACGAGGUGGACUCCAUGCGGGAACGAGCCGCUCGCGUCGACCGCCUGGAGACCGAACUGAGCAGAUGCAAAGAGAAGCUCAACGACGUUCACUUCUACAAAACCCGAGUGGAGGAGCUCCGCGAGGACAACCUGACCCUGCUGGAGACGAAGGUUUUGUUGGAGGAGCAGCUGUCGGCCUCACGGGGGCGCUGUGACAAACUGCACACGCUGGAGAAAGACAACCUGCUACUGCGGGCGAAGAUCCACGACCUGGAGAUGGAGCGGGACAGCGAGCGGCGACGGCUGGAGGAGCUGGUGGAGGAGAACAUGCUGCUGGAGAUCGGACAGAAGCAGAGCAUGAACGAGUCGGCUCACCUGGGCUGGGAGCUCGAGCAGCUCACCAAGAACCACGACAAUACCGAGACCCGUAAGUCUCUGGUCGACGAGCUGAACGAGUGCGUCUCCAGCCGCAUGCUGAAGCUGGAGAAGGAGAACCGGGAGCUGCAGGCGUCCAUAGAGAGGCUGAAGGAGGAGAACCACCUCCUGCAGGAGAAGCAGCUCCACACGCAGGAGCUGGACCGGGAGAACCAGAGUCUCAGCAACAAGCUGGAGCGUCUGCAGGGUUUACUGGACCAGGAGAAAAUAACCAAUCAGGACAUGGAGGCUCUGGGGGAGGAGCUACUGAAGGAGAAACAGAGUCUGGAGCGCGACAUGCACGCUCUGAAGGCGGAGAAGGACCGACAGAUCUCAGAGCUGGAGAGCGAGAAGCAGCACCUGUCGGAGGCAGUGGCGUCCCUUCAGGAGCGCGCUCAGUCUAACAGCGUGGCGAGGGUCCGCGAGGUGGAAUCAGAGAACCGCCUGCUGCACCAGAGCAUCACCGACACCAGCUCCCGAUUGGCCAGCCUGGAAACACAGCUCAAAGUAUCCAAUGAGGAGGCAGAGAGGCUGAGGGAGCGGGCGGGGCGGUGUGAGGAGGCGGAGCGAGAGGUGGCGCGGCUGGAGAGGAGCCGGGAGGCGCUAAGCAGAGAGGUGGCGUCUCUGCGGGCGUGCAGUGAGCGCUCCGAGGCUCUGGAGAAACAGGUGACCUCCUUGGAGCAGGAGGUGCACAGGCUGAAGCGGGAGGCGGAGGAGAGCCAGCGGGAGCUGCAGCGGCUGACGAAGCAGGAGGCUGAAAACGGACUGCUGUCCAAGGAGAACCUGGAGCUCCGCUGCUCCCUGGAGAGCCUGCGCUCCUCAUCCACCCGCCUCACCACUGUGCAAGAGGAGCUCCAGGAGGCACAGAGGGAGAUGCAGGAGCUGCAGAGGAGGCUGGAUCAAGCUGGGGAGGAGGCGCAGGGAGAGAGGAAGAGAGCGGAGAGGCUGGAGGUGAACCUGACAGCUCUGAACCAGGAGAAGCAUCACAUAGAGGAGGAGAUGGAGAAGAGCAAAGAGGAGAGGGUGGAGGAAGAGAGGAGGCGGCAGGAGGUGGAGGAGCUGAAGGAGGAGCGGAGGAGGCGAGUGGAAGGAGACGAGGAGAGGAAGAAGCUCCAGCUGGACCUGGAGCAGUCGGAGAAGGGCCGGAAGCAGCUGGAGAAGGAGAGCUGGAGGAUGAGGACGCUCCUGGAGGGGAAGGAGACGGAGCUGGAGGAGAAAACCAGGAGGCUCACCGAGGUCACGAAGGAGGGAGGAGCUCUCAAAAAGGAGGUGGAGCGAAUGAAGGAGGCGGCGGUGAAAGCAAAGGAGGUGGAGCGAGAGAACAAGGAGCUUCAGAAACAAGCGACGAUCGACAAGAGGACGCUGGCCACGCUCAGAGAGGAGCUGGUGUCGGAGAAGCUGAGCGUUCAGCAGCAGAAGGUCGAGCUGGAGCGACUGAACGAAGAGCUGGAGAAGAUCGGACUGAACCGGGAGAAGCUGCUGCAGCAGGAGCACACGCUGGAGGACAGGUACAGGCUGCUGGAGUCUCGGCUGGAGGAAACCGUCCAGCAGACCAUGAAGGUCAAGGAGGAGAAAAUCUCCAGCCUGGAAAAGAAGCUGGAAGAAAGCAGCGCCCUCAACAAGACGCUUCAUGCGGAGCUGGAAGCUGCUUAUCAGACGGCGUCCGCCUCACAUCAGCACCACAAGGAAGUAAACCACAACUCCCAGCAGCACCCGGCGGCUGACCGCAGCGCCACGGCCGAACUGCUGCGAAUCAAAGAUCACCUGAUCGACGUGGAGAAGAACAACGCCUCCCUGCAGACGGAGAGCAGUCUGCUGAAGGAGCAGCUGAAGCAGCUGGAGAACCAGAACACUUCCCUCAACAACCAGAUGGCGGCGCUGCAGCGGCACACCACCACGCUGCAGGAGCAGAACUCGGCAUUGCACACGCAGACGGCGAAGCUGCAGGUGGAGAACUCCACCCUCUCCUCUCAGAGCGCCUCUCUUAUGGCCCAGAAUGCCGUGCUGCAAGGCCAGGUGACCGCCCUGGAGACGGAGGUGGAGUCGUGGCAGCGGCAGCGCGAGGAGGCGUGGCGAGCCAGAGAGGGCGUGCUCAGCGAUCACGAGCGCCUGCUGAGCGUUCACGAGAGGCAGGCUCACGAGUACGAGCAGCUGAUCAGUCAGCACGCAGCGCUGAAGGGCAAACAGAGGGCGCUGGAGAGCGAGCACAGGACGCUGCACGGCAAGUACUGUGCACUGCUACAGCAAAAGGAGAAAUGGGAGGAGCAUGAGGGGCGUGGUCUGAAAGAGAAGGAGGAGCUAAACCUGGAGAUCCAGAAGAACCGCCUCCUGCAGCAGGAAAACCUCCAGCUGAAAACAGAUGUGGACAGACUCUCCGAGAGCCAAUCACAGCAGGCGGAGCAGAGCAAGGGGCUCCAGCAGCGACUGAACGAACUCAAGAGCUCUUUAAGCUCCUCCCAGCUGGAAGUGAGUCAGUGUAUGGCGCAAUACGAUUCGCUGAUGGAGCAGCACCAGACGCUGGAUCUCACCAUGACUAAACUAGACAACCACUGUGAGCUCCUGAGUCGCCUCAAAGGGAACCUGGAGGAGGAGAACCACCACCUGCUGAGUCAGAUCAACCUGCUGAGUCAGCAGAACCACGCGCUGCUGGAGAGGAGCAUGGAGAGCAAGGAGCUGUACCACCAGGAGCAGAAGCUCUACAUUGAUAAGCUGAACGCUCUCCGUCGUCAGAAGGAGAAACUGGAGGAGAAGAUCAUGGACCAGUACAAGUUCUACGACCCCACGCCUAAAAAGAGGAGUCAGUGGGCCGGAGCCAAAGCUUUAGUCAAACUCAUCAAACCCCGAAAGGAGAGCAGCCGGGAGAGGGGGGCUGAGAGGGAGCGGACUAAGAGCGCCCCGGACAUCCCCCUACCAGCCACGCCCCCCCUCCUGUCCCCCGAGACCCCGCCCCCUCCACCCCAGAGGACCCUCAGUGACUCGCAGGACGGCGGCCAUAACAGCCCGGGCCCCCAGAGUCCAGCUGUGACCCCCAUCAGCCGAGGUUUGGCGGACAGGAGCCGGGGCGUUUAUCACAGCAGCACGCCAGGAGGAAGCAGCGAAAGCGUGAACGGAGAAGAUGCACAGGGACCAGGUCAGACCCAUAAAAUCCAUCUGAGCUCCACUCCGAGCCAUCCGUCGUCUUCGCUGGGCUUCACCGGCAGCUCCACCUCCAGGCUGGGCCAGAUCGCCGUGCGCAGGCCAAGAGGCCCGUUACUGGACGAAGACUCGCGCCACAACGCCUCGGACCCGGCGUUCAGAGGUCGCCCGGGGUCGGCCGACUUCAGCCACAACACGUCCAGCUCCAACUCACCUGUGAGCUGCAGAGAUUUCUCAGAACGCCAGGGCCGCUCUGCCAGCCUCUCCAGUGACGACGUCACAGGUCUCAGCCAAUCACAGCUGACCCUGUCGCGAAGCUCCACCCUUCCAUAUGACCACGCACCCCAGAGGGCCCAGCCACAGCGUGGAGGCGGGGUCAGAAGCAAGACCCGCCCUGCUUCUCCUGGGAGUGAGAUGGUGACGCUGGAAGAGUUCCUGCAGGAGAGCAACCUGCAGUCUCCUCCUGUGGUGUCCACAGGAAGCAGAGAGGACCUGGUGACGGACUAUUUUGCUAGAAGCCCCGCCCCCUCAGCUGUUGCCUGCAGCGAUCAGGCGACGCCCACCAACUACGUCGCGCCCACCGUGCAGUCGUCCAAUCAGAGGCCGGGACAGAGUGUGAAGCCCUCGCCUCGUCAGCCCGUGGGCCAGUCGCCGGCCUCGGCUCAGAGAAGCAGCCAAUCACUGAGCAGGACCUUCAGCCUGGCCUCGGCUGACCUGCUGCGCUCCAACGGGCCGGACAGCUUCAGAGGACACGACGUCUCCCCCGGCCAGGCCGACGCCGUGAUGCGCCGUCAAGGAGGUGGGACCACUGGGAGAGAGCGGCCGCUGUCGGCUCGUUUUACCGCUCUGUCCAACCAGCACGCAGAUGGCAGCUUCCUGAACCCGCCCAUCCACCACUCCGCCUCCCUGAACCUGCAGGCGGAGCGCUACGCGGAGCGAGAGCGGGACCGAGGGUGGAGCGCCACCUCCCGAAACGGCCCUCACCGUGGAGAAAUUGCCAUGGUAACCCCAGUGAGAGCGACGCCUGCCGCGCAGCCUGACGACACCCCCGAGUACGCAGAGGUCCCGAGGGAGGGGCAGUUGGGCGACUCCGCCCACACGAAGAAGGAUGGCGAGAGUGGGAGGUGUGGCUCUGUGGAACGCCCAAAGAGUACGCCGGCGUCACCUGACCCCAACAACGACCCGCAGACGGUGUGGUACGAGUACGGCUGCGUCUAAAUACCGGAGCACCACGCCCUGCAUCCAGCCUCAGAGACAGGAAGUGAGACUGAAGCAACGCCACCCUUUCACUUCCUGUUAGUAAAUAAGUGGACAGGUGAGGCAGUCACAUGAUCAUCUCUCUGCGGUGGAUGCAGGACUGGAUGGAGCCGAGUUUUUGCUGAUGCCAUGACACUACCAGCGCUCCCCACAGGGGGGCGGGGCUUACCGGAGCGGGACGUUUCCUGAAAACAUCUUUUUUGGAAUCUAUAGUGACGCCAAGCUGACGCUCCGUCUCUAACACACAGAGAAGACGCUGCUCACCUCCACCCUGCAGCCACCAAAACACAACACUACGAGCGGCCCUGUCUAACUGCUGGACUCUGCAGGACCGCCGCCUGAAUGUACGGGACGCCACAUUCCCCACCUCCAACAUCACGCCAUACACUGGAAAAGACACAG